GUGAUUGUCAUAAUUUUGCUGAUAAUGGAUCGAUGGAAGCCAAAUAAAUUCGUAAAAUUACACCAGCAACUUGGAAAUGAUUGGAAGUAUUUUCCUAUUAUCGGAAAUGCAAUUAGCUUUUUAGGAAAUAAUGAAGAUUUGAUGAAAGUUUUUAUGAAUUUAUCGGUACAAGGUUUCAAAAGAACGCAUAAUGCGAUAAGUUUUUGGUUAGGUAACAUUUUUUUUGUUGGAAUAAUGGAUGCAGACCAAGCAAUUGUAGUAUUAAGGUCAACAUUAAAUAAAAACUUUAUGCACAGAUUCUCAAAGUAUCUCAUCGGCAACGGAUUAGUAUUCGCGCCUGUUGAUAUUUGGCAUCGUAGGCGCAAAAUUUUAGCGCCAUCAUUUGCUCCAAGAUAUGUAAGCAAAUAUGUGACAGUUUUUGAGACACAUGCUAAGAUUGUAGUUAAACAACUCGAAUCUAAACGGCAACCUGAUCAUCCAUUCUUCAAUGCUUUCGUAGAAAACUUAAAAAAUGUCGCUGCUCGCUUAUGUCAACCUUGGUUACAUGUUGAUGUUCUUUACCAAUUAUUGCCCGUGUAUAUAAGACAAGAGCAUACGAAGAAAAUAAUACAUGACUUCGUGAAUGACCUUAUUUGUAAAACGAAAGCACUGAUUGAAGAAAGAGAUGGAAUUGAAGCGGAAGUUUAUAACCCUACAAAUAAAAUCAAAGUUGAUGUUAAAUCAUUCUUAGAGUUAAUGAUAGAGAGUUCUAAGAAUACUGAUAAAGCGUAUACACUCGAAGAAUUACGGGAAGAGACACUUGUUCUUGCGUUGGCGGGUACUGAUACAUCAACAGUAGGAAUUUGCUUCACAAUUUUAUUACUUUCCCAAUAUUCAGAUGUACAAGAAAGAGUUUACAAAGAAAUUCAAGAAGCUUUAAGCGAUUCAGAAAAGCCUCUUCAGAUGGAAGAUCUGUUCAAAUUAAAAUAUAUGAAAGCAGUCAUAAACGAAACACUGCGACUUUAUCCACCUAUUCCCCUUAUUACAAGAUAUUGUAAGCAAGAUUUAAAACUACCUACGGGUAUAAUUUUACCAGAAGGUAGUAACGUAGCUAUCAGCAUCUGGGGCAUACACCACAAUCCUCAGCACUGGGGAGAAGAUGUGAAUGAUUUUAAUCCUGAUCGUUUUAUGUCUGGACAAAUACCAAAUGCUUUUAUGCCAUUCAGUCAUGGCCCGCGGAACUGUGUUGGUUAUCAAUAUGCGAUGCUGUCAAUAACUACAACCUUGGUGACACUCCUGCGACAAUACCGCUUCACUCCAGCUACAAAUUUCACAUACGACAAAAAUAAUCCACUUCGUCUUUCCUUUGACGUUAUGAUGAAGCAUGUUGAUGGUUUUACAGUUCAAGUAGAAAGUCGCGGAUAA